UCAAAGAGACUUGGUGUUGAAACAGCAACCAGUGCUCGUUCUCUUUCGGAAGACACGAUACUUGUUUCGAUCUUCUUUAGUUUUCAUUACCAACUCCACAAUCUCAUAGCACACACAACCUCCAACAUUGCUCUCGAAGUUUGAGACAGAAACUAAACUCAGACAAGUUAGUCCAGCUAACUCUAAACUCAAAGAAAUGGUUCUUCUGGUGGAUGAGGAAAACAAUCUUAUGGAAGAAACAGCUGUUAUGGACGACGCUUCCUCUGGUGUUGAAUUUUCAUGUGGAGAUCCAAAAGUCGAGCCACGUGUUGGAGACGAGUUUCAGGCCGAGAUUCCACCUAUGAUGUCUCCAUCUCAACGUGCAUUGUUUCUCUCAACUCCUCUGGCUUUGGAUGAUUCCUCACGUUCCUUUCUCAUCGGACAACCUGUCCAACUAACGUGGAGAGAAAAGCAUCAGAAAGGUCAAGUAAAUGGAGAUGAUGAUGAUGAUAGUAUCGACAUGAACCAGUCUUUGAAAUCUUUAAGAGCAAAAAGAAGCCGCUCCUCCUCAGCCAACAAGACCAGAGGCGACGAGAGUGUCAAGAAGCAGAGGUUGAGUCUCGAGGCUGUUCCAGAGAUACCACCAACCAGCUCCUGGGAAGAUCUUGAGGUGGCUAGCUUCGUUCUUGGUCUGUACACGUUCGGGAAGAACUUCACUCAGGUGAAGAAGUUCAUGGAGAGCAGAGGAACAGGAGAGGUAGCAUUGUUUUACUAUGGGAAGUUCUACGAUUCAGCUAGUUACCACAGCUGGUCUGAUUCACGCAAGAAGCGGAGGAGGAGACGGAAGUGUGUGUACGGAAGAAAGAUCUAUUCAGGUUGGAGGCAGCAUCAGUUGUUAUCUCGUUUGAUUCCUUCUGUUUCUGACGAAUCUCAGAAACAGAUGCUUGUGAAUGUCUCAAAGUCAUUUGCUGAAGGGAACAUCACUCUUGAGAAAUACAUAAGCGCGGUGAAGGAUCUUGUAGGUCUCAGGCCUCUUGUAGAGGCUGUGGGGAUUGGUAAAAGAAAAGAUGAUCUCACGGUUAUUACGUCAGGACCAGUGAUGAAGACAACCAAACCAUGGUUCACGGUUUCUCCAAAGUCUUCUUACCCUGGCUUAGGCAAAGCUUACGCUUCGCUCACAUCUGCCGACAUAAUAAACCAGUUAACAGGCAGUUCCCGUCUAAGCAAAGCACGCUGCAGUGAUAUCUUCUGGGAAGCUGUGUGGCCGCGUUUGCUAGCCAGAGGAUGGCGUUCAGAGCAGGUCAAGGACCGAGGCUAUUUCACUUCAAAGGAUAACAUUGUCUUCAUUGUCCCUGGCGUGAAAGAGUUUUCUAGAGGGGAGCUUGUUAAAGGCGAUGAUUACUUUGAUUCCGUCAGUGACAUUCUAACAAAGGUUGCUCUAGAUCCUCAGCUUCUUGAGUUUGAAGCGGCCGCCGAUGAGUUUGCUGUUGUUGCGGAGAACUCUUCUGACCAAUCAGAUGAAGAGUCUUCUUCCCAAUCUGAUAAACAAAGACACCGUUACCUAAAGUCUCCAUGUUCUAACCGUGGAGAUCUCCAAACGAAGUUCACCGUUGUGGACACUAGCUUGGUUGCAGGAGGGAAGCUGUGUGAUUUGCGGAAUCUGAAUGCAGAGCCUUUAGUCUGUUCUGAGCCAAAGACUCGUCUAGGAGAUAAACUGGUUAGUAACAAUGUGGAAAUGCCUCUGGAGGCCAAGAAGCAAGUGGAUGAUGACCCAAUGCUAUUCACAGUUAUUGAUUCUAGUAUAAAGGAGGAGGAGAGUUUGGAGAAGGAUAAGGAUCGGUCAAAGAGGCUGAUCAAGCAUAGGUCUAACCGACAAGCAGAAACUAAUGAUCGUUCAGUAAGUUUUGCUCCAUCGUUGAAACGCAGACGGCUCAGUGCUUGCAUGAGAGGUGAGAAAAGCCUUUCAAGAGAGAACUCAGUGUUCAAACAUUCACCGGGUGAUGACACAGCAGAGAGCACGGUAUGUCCUAAAUCAGACCACUUAAGUUUAUGCGCUGUCCAACAACAAAACGGGACUUGUGAAGAGAUGAAUGAGUAUGAUAACAAGUGCUCUCAAGAGGAGGUAAGAACAGCCCAAGAACUCAUUUCAUCAGAACAAGAACCAAACGGGUUCUGUUCAGUGUCUGAAUCAGACAAAAAAUAUGCUGACAUUGUUCCUAAACAAGAGCAAGCAGUUGAUCUGGGAACUACUCAAGAACUUGGUUCCUCAGAACAACAACAGCACGACAAUACAGCUGCUCCUAGAAGACAGAGCACAAGAAAGCGACCAUUGACCACCCGGGCUCUCGAAGCUCUUGAAUCCAGCUAUCUUACAACCAAGGGACUGAAAAGCGCGGUUAAACCAAAAAAACGUGAAAGGUCUACGAAGAAAAACCUCUCAGCUAAAGCUUGUAACAGAGCACAACCUUCGCUAGACAAUGGUAGUGUAGGUUUGGAGAAAAUAGAAGAAGAUAAGAGCAAAGCAACAGCAAGUAAGCCCUUGGAUCAAAUAGAGGAUUCAAAGCCUAGCCUUCCUCUUAUUGGAGCAACAAGACAAGAUUCAAAGCCGGUACUAACUGAACGUCCUAAACUUCCACCUAUUGUUUUGAAGCUUUCACUUAAACGUAGCAGAGGAGCUUCAGAGACUCAAGUCUGAAAAGUUUGGUUGCUCGUUGCAAGAGGAGGGCUGAACCUUGCUAUAGAAUAAAUGUGUACAAAGGUAAAGAUUAUAAAGCAAUAGGGGAUUUAUUCCAAUACCAUUCUUUGUUUUUCAUUUCAACAUAUCCAAAAGGUUGUUUUCUUCUAUUCAGUUUCGGAACUUUCUUCAAAUCUCACAACUCAAUGAAUACAUAUUUGCCCAA